CCCGCACACCUGCCGGGCGUAGCUGGGCGUGGAGGCGUCCGCUUUUGCCUCUUCUGCUUCAGCCGUGGAAGAUACACGCGGGGUGCCCAUUAGAACAUCAGUGUGUAGCCCAUCUAAAAGCUCAGCCUGCCUACAUAAUAAAAGAAAUCUCGAGCCAAACACGGAAGUGAUGCCGUUAGAAGACUCAGAAGAGGAAGACUCUUCCGACGGAACCAUCAGUGGAGAUGAAUCAGAUGAGGACACCUUCAUGAAAUUUGCAAGUGAAGAUCUCCAGCAGUGCGCACUUCUAGCAGCUGAUUCCAUCAGUGACUCGUUUUUCCCGAGGACUACACAGAUUAUAUUGCAAUGUCAGCGAGGGAAGUGGGUGCCUCGUCUUCGCGAGCCACGCGAUUUAUUUGGCGUAUCUUCCUCUGGUCCACUGAGCCCAACACGGUGGCCGUACCACUGUGAGGUCAUCGAUGAAAAAGUCCACCAUAUUGAAGAGCCAUCCUGACAGGUCUGAGAUGGUAUCUCACUGCAGUGUUGAUUUCCAUUUCACUGAAGAUCAGUGAUGUUGACAGUGCAAUCCCUAUCAAAACCCCAAUGACAUUUUUUACCAAAACAGAAAAACAACGGUAAAAUUCAGAUGGAACCACAAAAGGCUACAAAUAACCAAAUCAAUCUUGAGAAGGAAGGACGAAGCUGGAGGCAUGACAUUCCCUGAUUUCAGAAUAUAUUGCAUGGCUACAGAAGUCAAAACAGUAUCGUACUGGCAUAAAGGCAGACACACCUACCAGUCAGCAGAGCAGAGAGCUCGGAAACAAAUCCACGCAUGUAUGUUCAACUGACCUUUGAUGAGAGUGCCAACAGCACAAAUGGGGAAAGGAUAGUCUCUUCAACAAAUGUCGAGAAAAUUGAAUAUUCACGUGCAAAAGAACGAAAUCAGACCCUUGUCUUACACCCUACAAAAGCAUCAAUUCAAAAUGUAUUAAGGACUUAAACAUAAAGCCUGAAACAAUAAAACUCCUAAGAGGAAACGCAGGAGAAAAGCUUCAAGACAUUUUUCUUGGCAGUGAUGCGGACAUGACACCGAAAGCAGAGGUGACAAAAGCAAACAGGU